CCCGGGAGAAACAUGGCCGGGAGCAGCGAGGAGGCGCCAGACUACGGGCGAGGCGUCGUGAUUAUGGACGAUUGGCCAGGAUAUGACUUGAAUUUAUUCACAUACCCACAGCACUAUUAUGGAGAUUUGGAGUAUGUCCUCAUACCUCAUGGCAUCAUUGUGGACAGAACUGAACGGCUGGCUAAGGAUAUUAUGAAAGACAUAGGAUACUGUGACAUUAUGAUCCUGUGUGUGCUUAAAGGAGGUUACAAGUUCUGUGUGGAUCUUCUGGAACACCUUAAGAACAUCAGUCGAAAUUCAGAUAGAUUUGUCUCUAUGAAGGUUGAUUUCAUCAGACUAAAAAGUUACAAGAACGACCAGUCCAUGGGCGAGAUGCAGAUAAUUGGAGGCAAUGAUCUUUCAACACUGGCUGGAAAGAAUGUCCUCAUUGUUGAGGAUGUUGUUGGAACCGGGAAGACCAUGCGAGCGCUGCUCAGUAGCAUAGAGAAAUACAAGCCCAACAUGAUUAAGGUAGCCAGUUUGUUGGUGAAGAGAACACCUAGAAGUGAUGGCUUUAGACCUGACUAUGUUGGAUUUGAGAUUCCAGACUUAUUUGUGGUGGGUUAUGCCUUAGAUUACAAUGAAUACUUCAGAGAUCUGAAUCACAUAUGUGUGAUCAAUGAACAUGGCAAAGAAAAGUACCAAGUCUAAAGGAGUAAAUUCUCACCAUCGAAUCUCCAGAUAACAUCAUACUUACGACUACAGUCGGAAAGCCAGCAUGUAAAGUUUGUCUCCCCAGGCAUCUUCACUCAGCAGGAGAUAAAAGAAAAAAAAAUGUUUUAAUGAGAGAGCUUUCUUUUCUGAGGUUAUAACAUAAAGAGUACCAAAGGUUCUUAAGGAAAAUAAGGCAAUGUUUUUAUUUGACUUGUUCCAAAUUAAAUACUCUGCCUUGUGACUCAUGCGUUCUAUCUACCUUUGCACUCCAGAACUUCACCUUCUUUUAUUCCGAUACAGUUAUUAUGCUUGAUGACUAUACCCCCAC